GAUUUGGAAUGCCCUGACAGAUAAUUAUGGGAAUGUCAUGCCUGUAGACUGGAAGUCGUCCCAUACGAGGGCUUUGCAUUUGCUCACUCUGAACCUCUCAGAGAAAGGGAUGAGUGAUAGCUUGCUCUUUGACACCUCAGAUGAGGAGGAGCUGAGGGAGCAGUUGGAUAUGCAUUCCAUCAUCGUCUCCUGUGUCAACGAGGAGCCCCUCUUCACCGCAGACCAGGUUAUUGAAGAAAUUGAAGAAAUGAUGCAGGAAUCACCGGACCCAGAAGAUGAUGAGACCCCCACACAGUCUGACCGGCUCUCCAUGCUCUCCCAGGAGAUUCAGACUCUGAAGAGGUCUAGCAUGAGCAGCUAUGAAGAGAGAGUGAAAAGGCUCUCGGUGUCUGAACUAAAUGAACUGCUAGAAGAGAUCGAGACAGCCAUCAAGGAGUACUCUGAGGAGCUGGUGCAGCAGCUGGCCCUGAGAGAUGAACUGGAGUUUGAGAAGGAGGUAGAAAACAGCUUUAUUUCUGCUCUGAUUGAAGUGCAGAACCGGCAGAAAGAACACAAAGAGACAGCCAAGAAGAAGAAGAAGCUCAAGAAUGGCAGCUCUCAGAAUGGGAGGAACGAGAGAAGCCACAUGCCAGGCACACGUUUCAGCAUGGAAGGGAUCUCAAACGUCAUUCAGAAUGGCCUCCGCCACACCUUUGGAAACUCAGGUGGAGAGAAGCAGUAUUUGACGACAGUCAUCCCUUACGAGAAAAAGAAUGGCCCACCGUCUGUCGAGGAUCUUCAGAUAUUAACAAAAAUUCUGCGUGCCAUGAAGGAGGACAGUGAGAAAGUUCCAAGCUUGUUAACCGAUUAUAUAUUGAAAGUUCUGUGUCCUACAUAGAGCAGCUCACAGUGGAAGCGCUUCCCUUUCUGUGGACUCCAGGCGUGAUUUCCUGCAGUGUCACUCUGGAAGUUGGCUGUCAUGAGUCCCUGCUUUUGGAGACCCAGCACACUUGAACUUGGAUUUGCAAUUCAGUGUUACUUGAUCACGACUUCACUAAUCCAUCAUUGUAUUAGAGCACCGAGAGGGCUAUGGCACUCUUGAAUUCUGGAGAUAGGUUUUGGAAAACAUAACCAUGGUGGACUGGUUUCUAAGUUAGCAGAGCUGAGGAGAGAGAUAGGAACUGUGCAUGCCAUUAUGUUUGUCAUUAAUUGACAGUGUGGCUGUUAGUGUUUGACUUCCUCCAUCUGAACUGCACUGAAGAACAAAAGCACUGGAAGACCCACCCAUAGCUGUUUUCCAGUAAAGGUGAGAAUCAGUGUUGAGUGUUCAGAGCAUCUUCAGACUAUUACCUACCAGUAUUGUCCAGAGACUGAGAUGGAAUGUGGGCUGUUGUAAAGCGGAACUUGCACUACUUUGGCCUAAUUGUGGAUGCCAGACACUGUUGGAAACUAAUUUUGCAACUUCUGCCUAUUUUACUAUUGUUGACAUGUGAGCCAUUAGGAUGCCAUUUGGCAUCAUUAUGACCUUGGAUGUUCUGUGUCUGAAGAGUGUAUUUUGGAAGGGGUCCAUGCCCUCUAAGGUGCUUAAGGAGCUACUAUGGUACUGCCUAUUCUCAUGGUUGUAUUCAGUUUUAUUUAUACCUGUGUGCUUUUCUAGAAAAAGCUGCUCACGGCUACAACACUAAUAAACACUUUUGCCAGUUUCAGUCAAGUCAAUGACAUUUAAUAAAAUAAUACAUACUUAAGAA